AUGACGACCAAUCACUUAAGAGUAAUAUAUGGGGGAGCUGACUGGACCAGCGCUAAUGGCUUCACUCCGGAUCGUAUCUGUCAGAUUCUAAAGUACCUUGCGAAAGAGGGUGUAUUGAUAGGGAAGACAAAUGUGGCAACUUUCGAAUUCCAAAUCAAUACCAAAAUUCCUGGUGGACUGUGGCCCCAUGUUGAGAUGACCAAAGAAAAUGUAAUUCGAUCUAGACAGGGGAGCUUUAAAACCCUUGGUGUUGAUCAGGUCGAUAUCUACUACAUCCAUGCUCCUGGUCGCAAGAUACCACUUAAGGAAACACUUGAAGGUAUCAACGAAUUAUACAAAUCAGGCGCAUUUAAAUACUUCGAGAUAGAAGAAGUUAUCAGCAUCGCAAAGGAAAAUAAAUUCGUUUUGCCAUCUGUCUAUCAGGGGUUCUACAAUGCCGUGGGUCGCCGCGUUGAAACAGAUAUCUUUCCUAUCCUUCGCAAAAAUAACAUGUCCUUUCAUGCAUAUGCCCCUUUAGGCGGUGGUUUCCUAGCGAAAAAACCUCAAGACAUCGCAGUGAAUCCUAAGGGUCGCUUUGCAAGUGAUCACUAUAAACCUAUGUUCAACAUAUUAUUCAAUAAGACGGAUAUGUUGGAAUUUAUGGCAGGCUUUGGAAAGAUUGCUCAAGAGGAAGGGAUUUCCCAAGCGGAGCUAGCCUAUAGAUGGCUAAGAAAUCACUCUUUCUUGAGGCCCGAGCUCGGUGAUGCAGUCAUCAUUGGGUGUAGCUACGGAAGGAGCUUGAAAAUUGCACUGGAAUGGCUGAAAGCCGGUCCCUUGAGCGACACAGCAGUAAACAGGUUGGACGACAUAUGGAAGGGAGUAGAAAAGAAUGCCGUGCUGGAUGUUUUCAAUGACCUCCUUGACGCGGGCUAUACGAAGGCACACUUGUUUGAUGAUUUUGGGGACAUGUCUAAAGUCAGAUUUACCUGA